ACUCCUUAACGAAAAAAAAAUACAUCCAAAUAUUAGACUAUUUGCUGCCUGCAAUCCUUAUCGAUUAAGAGCUAAGGCACAAAGUAAUGUAGGUUUAUCUGCAAAAUUGUACGAAGAAAAAAGCAAAUUGGUUUAUCAAGUACAUCCAAUGCCUGAUCAAAUAUUAGAUUACGUCUGGGACUAUGGUCAUCUCAAAGCAGAUGAUGAACGAAAUUAUAUCAAAAUUAUGGUGAAAACUCAAUUAAACCAUCCAUUUUUUGCCGAAUUAUUGUGCGCGUCACAAGCAUUUAUUCGUAAAGUUGAAGAGCCAUUUGGUGUUAGCUUAAGAGAUGUGAAACGUGCUAUCAAACUUUUCAAGUUUUUUAAAGAUAAACAUAAUCAAUUUAAUUGCGUGCAAAAUAAUAGCAAAAUUAUAUAUCCCGAAAUUCGUCCAUUGGUGUUAGCACUUAGUUUAUGUUACCUUUUUAGACUCCAUGACCAAUCUCAACGUAAAGAAUACCGAAAAGAAAUGAUCAGCAUAAUAGAAAAGUAUCAAAUAAUUGAUGAACCUCGAAACCGGAAAGAUCUUUUUGAAAGAAUCAUUUCAGACGAACAAAAUAAUUAUAUCAAACGCUUGCGAUGUCCUGACGGAACU